AUGCGCCGAUACAGGCCCGGCGGCCCAGUGCGGGCUCAUGGAGGCGUGCCCGUCCCCGACCCUUUCGCCAUGGUCCGCGCCUACGACAGCGACUCCAAUCCCGCCCGGCCCAUACGCCCCUCGCCCCUCGCUGCCUCCACCAUCCAGGGCCUGCCGCUCGACCUGCUCGACCGCCUGCGCUCCUUCCCGCUCUUCAAGGAAGCCCCCGACUCGUUCCUCACCCAGAUCGGCCUGCACCUCAAGCCCCAGCUCAUCCAGCCCCACGACACAAUCCUCACCGAGGGCGAGACGGGCAAGGCCAUGUACUGGCUGGUCCGCGGCGCCGUGCGCGUCACAUCGCGCGACCAGGAGAGCACCUACGCCGAACUCAAGCCUGGUGCCUUUUUCGGCGAGAUUGGCAUUCUGAUGGACAUCCCCCGCACCGCCACCAUCAUUGCCAACAUGCGCUCGCUGGUCGUGCGGCUGAACAAGGAGGACCUGACCAAGGAGCUGCCCAAGUUCCCCGACGUCGAAAAGGCCAUCAUGCACGAGGCCCAGGAGCGGCUAGCCAUUCUGCAGCGCAAAAAGGCGGAGCUGGGGGCAAAGCGCCCGCUGCCCAUGCGUCAGAUCACGGGCAAGCGCGACCGCGACGACGGCGACGUGGUCAUGGCAGAGACGGGCGUCCUGCGCGACGGCGAGGUCAACGCCUUCAAGAAGCGCAAGUCGCCCAGUCCCGGUCUCGCCGAGGCCAUAGCCCACAGCGCCUUUGGCAGCGACAGCAUCCACGUACGACCGCUGCUCAAGGAGCUGCCCCUCUUCUCCGAGCUGCCAGACGACAUUCUGCACUUUAUCGGCAUGCGCGCCCAGCCCUGUUCCUUUGACCCCUUCACCGACAUUAUCAAGCAGGGCACCCAGGGCCGCGACGUCUUUUUCAUCGUAAAGGGCGAGGUCGAGGUCAUCAACAUCAGCGGGCCCGAGCAGAAUGGCCUCGCCUCACCUACCAUGGGACGCCGAAAGUCCAUCGCUGCGGGUGAGCACAAUUUCCAGCAGGUAAAGGCCCGGUUAAAGCCAGGCCAGUACUUUGGCGAGGUGGUCAGUCUCUCGCUUGCGCCACGCCGCACCGCCACGGUCCGCUCCAUAUCCGCUGUCGAGUGUUUGAUGAUUACAGGCGACACCCUCAACCAGCUGUGGGAAAAGUGCACCCCGGAUGUACGCCGCCAGGUCGAGCUGGUCGCCAAGGAGCGUCUGCAGGCGGCCAAAGACGAAGAUGUCCACAUGACCGACGUAAACGGCACACCCAACAUUGACGACUUGGCCAUUGUUGACCACUCACUACCCCGGACCCCCCGGCGAAAAAAGAGCGUGCCGACCGUUACCUUUAAUGGCACAAUGCACAUGGACACGCCCGUGACGCCCGCCCGGAGAGACGAAAAGAUGAUGGAGCCUUUCGACCCGGACCCGUUCCUCAACGUCGACCUUGACAAUGUCAGAUCACGAUCGCGCAGAGGCUCACUCGCCCCACCCCCACCAGGCUCAACGCCCGAGCCCCCCACAAGUCCAGGCAAAGGCGAGUUUCCAAAAUCACCGUCGCCCAAUGGAGCCGCUCUUUCGCCCUCGCCAUCCUUCACAAUAGCAAAACAUGCAUCAACGCCACCAGAAGUCCCAUUCGACUUCAAGCGCCCGCGCCUGAUAACGAAGCCCAGCAUAUACGUACGAGGCAGACUUCCCGACUCGGUACUGGUCAAAAUAUUGGCAAACAUGGACAUCCACGAGCUGAUGAAGCUGCGCAUCAUCUCGUCACAUUGGAGCAAGCUCAUAUCAGAAUCUCCUGAUAUUCUACAUGAUCUCGACCUCACCAAGUACAACCGCAAAGUCACCGACCGCUCAUUAGUCGACAUAAUAUGUCCAUUUGUAGGCAGCCGGCCACGGUCCGUCAACAUUAGCAACUGCUUCCAUGUCACAGACGAGGGUUUUGGCGAGUUGGCAAAGACAUGCGGGCCCAGCGUGAGGAUAUGGCGUAUGAAGAGCGUCUGGGACAUUACCGGGCCCGCUGUGCUCGAGAUGGUGCAAAAGGCCAAGGGCCUCGAGGAGGUAGACCUCAGCAACUGCAGAAAGGUUGGCGACAAUCUCCUCGCCCGAGUCAUUGGCUGGAUUGUGCCUGAUAUGCCUCCCCAAAUGGCCAUGGCCCAUGCCCAGCAGCAGGCCCAGAUGAACGGCCGUCGACAAGCAAAGGGCGCCAAUGGCCAAACACCGCAACCAUUGCCACCUGGCACAGUCGUCGGCUGUCCAAAGCUCAAGCGACUAACCCUGAGUUACUGCAAACACAUUACCGAUCGCAGCAUGGCACACAUUGCUGUUCAUGCAGCGAACCGCAUCGAAAGCAUUGACCUGACGCGAUGUACCACCAUUACAGACGUGGGCUUUCAGCACUGGAGCGUCUACCCCUUCCCUAGGCUCACUAAGCUGUGUCUCGCCGACUGCACAUAUCUCACAGACAACGCCAUUGUGUAUCUGACAAACGCAGCCAUGGGGCUAAAGGAACUCGACUUGUCUUUCUGCUGCGCCCUCUCGGACACUGCAACCGAAGUCCUUGCCCUUGGUCUGCCCUCGCUUACCCACCUCAACCUCGCCUUUUGCGGCUCCGCCGUUUCAGAUACUUCGCUACGCUGCAUCUCAUUACACCUUCUCGAACUACGCAACCUAUCUGUGCGCGGCUGUGUACGUGUCACGGGCACGGGCGUCGAAGCCGUCGUCGAAGGAUGCCGCGAUCUCGAGCGCUUCGACGUCAGCCAGUGCAAGAAUCUCGGGCGUUGGCUCGAAGCCGGCGGUGUACAAAGCGUGCGGAAUCGAGGACGCAACGUCCAUUUUGUCUGUGUAAGCGACGGUAGGUGGAGAGAUUCAAUGGCGAGAUGUUAG